AUGCAACCCACCCCAGUCCUCCAGCGCGCCAUCCGCCGUCUGGCCCUCACCACCAAACAAGGUCCCCACAACUACUACAAGGGAAACCGCACGGGUGCCAUGGGAAAACACACCAAAUGGGGCGGCUAUCAAAUCGAUUGGUCCAAGGUGCGCACUUAUGUGUGUCCCGAUUUGAGUGACUUUGCCUUGACACCCUUUGUGACGCAAAGGAUUGAAAAGGUGCCUGGAAACUUCAAACAUACCGAGACGGGUAGUCCGAUGGAUCCGAAGGAGUAUAUUCGUAGGUGGAAGGAGGAGGGUGGUAAUAUUUGA